CACCAUGGACAUUGUCGAGAAUCAACACAAACGCACAUGUUGGAUGUUUCGUAUGCGUACGCGGUUAUGGUUAUGUUUUGGCCAAAGCGUCACUACUCGCCAGUGCGUUGUGCAAACUGAUCGGCUACGUGUGUUAACGUCCUAAAUUGAUGGAUUCGUUUGCGAAGGAAAAACGCAAGCGGCUUGGAGGUACCGAUGCAAGCCGGAAAGGGGCAAUAGAUUCCAAGAUCGUUGAUGUGACCGACCGAUUGAACUCGUUUCCGCACUACUGUACGACAAGCUCAUGCUCUGGGAGAAUUAUAGUAUUUUCAGGCGCAGAAUCUGACAUUGGGAAGCCAACAGUAAAAAAAGGAUGUCGAUGGCACCUCGUCACACAUGAUCUUCUUACAGAGGAUGAACUGGACGAUACUUUGGCGAGAACGACCAACUCUGCAACUCUCAAGUUUGAACCGUUUAUCCUCCAUGUACGGUGUCACACUUUGGAUGCAGCCCAGAAACUUCUGACCAUGAGCAUAGGGGCUGGAUGUCGCAAUUCCGGCAUAAUGCUAAGCAAAACGGGCAAGGUUCAUGUGGCAGUUCGGACCACACUUUCAUUGGAGGUUCCGCUUUCUGAGAGUGGAAACGUUCUUGUCACACCUGAGUACCUCAAGUUCCUAAGGCAAAAAGCGAAUGAAAAAAUGACAGAAAACUGGAGACGGCUGCAAAGGUUCUCGGCUGCGCUUAAUGUGCUUAGCUGUGAAAAUGAAGGCGAUGCGGCAACAUGCAGACUUCCCAGAGAUUCGGUGGUUGCAAGGAUUAAGAAUGAGAAGAGUUCCUCCGAGUUUGAUUAUGAUGAAAGUGUUUCUGGCCUGUUUGACUUCUCGACGUGACGACUUCAAGGCACAUGUAUGCACUGGGAGUGUGACAGUGCUUUUGUAGCAUUACAUUUUGAAGAAAGCUAUAAAUACUUUUGUGUAAUUUUAACGACUGACUACUAUGUGCAAAAUGGCUUGUGAAGAUGUGAGAAACACAUGAUGUGCCUGUAGGCUCUUAUUGAGAUACUAUGUGGCAGCGUCUCAGAUGUCCCUACAUUAAGAGCUCAACAUCUGGCUAAAUCUCGAACAUUUGACUUGCAAAGUGGCAGCGUGAUAGCACUGUGCCGGUCACCACAGCACAGACAAAAGUUUGUGAGGAAAAAAAGUGGGCGGCUAUAAUGGCGCAGCAGACUAUGACAAGGACAAGUAACAGCAACUGUAUUGUGUUACUUGCCGUCAUCCUUACCUUUACUGCCCUCUUUGCUUCAUCGUGGUAUGCAUUGCUGCCAUUUCUCAUUGUGUAGUACGCAUGAGCACACAUGGGCAUCCAUGAGGUUGGUGCCCAUUGGCUGAAACUUGUGCGGUUGUACUUGGCAGUACCAACUCCACGAGCUUGUACAGUGGUCUAUAGACAACAUACCUCCAAGGAAACAACCGACACUGCACAGCCAUUGUUCCACUGUAGACACCUGCUUGGUGGGCUGUUGCUAUGCAAAUUCAUUUUAUGACUGCACAUUGCAUUGUCAACUUCGUGAGCUCGCAUUGCAUAUGUACCACCUGCCUGCAAAUGGGCAGCUGACACGUUCAAAGGUAAACAUUCGGCCGACAUCUGCCUAGUUGGGGACAACUGAAUUAGCAAAGAAAACUGCAACCAAAAUUUAUUUCGUAUAUUGGCCAAGACUAAAAAAUUCCCAGAAAGAAUUUGUCGAAACGAGACUGACCUUUACCACCUUAACAGAGAAUGCAGUGCGGUGGCAGAACACUGCGAGCUUUUUGACCACCAGAUUAGCCCCGACGCCACUGUUGUCUUGGAGAGAGAAGAGAACUACCAGCGGUAGCAGUUCCUUUUUGAAUCCUGGCACAUCCAAAAGAUGUCGGGUAACAACAAUCAUUCGUCGGGAACACUUUCUGCCGUUUGCUCUCAAGGACUGCGAAAAGUCUCCGCGCACCUGUCAAAGCCUUAAAAAGCGCAUAUACCGAAGCACUGCUCACCUCAGCUCACCUGUAAAGAAAGAUCUGGUUGGGCUCCGAAACAUCGGGUUUUUAAAAUUGGAAAAAAUUUUGGUUGAACUUUUUCUUUGCUCUUUAGUUCAGCUGCGAUAUUGUAUAGCCACUGUUCUACAAUAUACUCUGUACUCAAAACUGAAAUUCGGCAAAAGAAAAAUUAACAUUCUGGAGUGUUGCCUGCAGGCAACACUCAUCCAUGAAGCAACCCUACAUGGAUGAGCAGUUGCCUACAGGCAACAAUUUCAGUUUUGAGUAUGGAGUUUCAUGUCUUUGGCCAACAUUGAACAACAGGCAGCAAGCAUCAUUUGUUGGAUAAGGUCACCGCCUGCUGUGGUAUCACACAGGUAACGUCGAGAAAAUGCGACGUGCACCUCUGUCUUGCAUUCCAUGAGAACUGUCUAGUGGUCCACACGAAGCCAUAGAUGGCUUGGGGUGAAGCUAGCUUCCCGUGUUCUGCCUGGUGUUGCCAACCUAUUGCUGGAAAAGUUUCCGAAAUAUUUUUCUUUUUGUUGAAUAUUCUCAGGGUAAUUUUGCACAUUUCCAUGAAUAACAAACAUUUCCUUCUGUUAUGUUUGUCUUGUCAUUAAAAAGUUAACAACUCUGCAAGCUUGUACGGAGGUCUACAGACCAUUCAUCUGCAAGUGGACAUCGCACUUUCCACUGCCAUUGCUCCACCACACCAUUCACCCACUGCUCAGGAAUAAUUUUUGUAUGAGAAUGGGCCUAACAAAACAAUAAAGGGACUUAAGCAAAAAACAAAGAGAUCGUAAUCU